AAUAAAGGGGAGCGCCGGGGCUGCGGCAGGAGGAGCGCGGCGGGGCGGCGUCGGCACGGCCUCGGUCCCUGUGGCUGGCGGCGCCCGCGGGGCCGCGGCCUGGAGAGGAUUCAAGAUGACCAACGAAGAACCUCUUCCAAAAAAGGUUCGACUCAGUGAAACAGGCUUCAAAGUUAUGGCACGAGAUGAGUUAAUUCUAAGAUGGAAACAAUAUGAAGCUUAUGUUCAAGCUUUGGAGGGCAAGUACACAGAUCUUAACUCAAAUGAUGUAACAGGCUUAAGGGAGUCUGAAGAAAAACUAAAGCAACAGCAGCAGGAGUCUGCACGCAGGGAAAACAUCCUUGUAAUGCGACUAGCGACCAAGGAACAAGAGAUGCAAGAGUGUACUACUCAAAUUCAGUACCUCAAGCAAGUCCAGCAGCCGAGUGUCGCCCAGCUGAGAUCAACAAUGGUAGACCCAGCGAUCAACUUGUUUUUCCUAAAAAUGAAAGGCGAACUGGAACAGACUAAAGACAAACUGGAACAAGCCCAAAAUGAACUGAGUGCCUGGAAGUUUACGCCUGAUAGCCAAACAGGCAAAAAGUUAAUGGCGAAGUGUCGAAUGCUUAUCCAGGAAAACCAAGAGCUUGGAAGGCAACUGUCCCAGGGUCGUAUUGCACAGCUUGAAGCAGAGUUGGCUUUACAGAAGAAAUAUAGUGAGGAACUUAAAAGCAGUCAGGAUGAACUGAAUGACUUCAUCAUUCAACUUGACGAAGAAGUAGAAGGUAUGCAGAGUACCAUUCUAGUUCUUCAGCAGCAACUGAAGGAGACAGGCCAGCAGUUGGCCCAGUACCAGCAGCAGCAGUCUCAAACCUCAGCCCCAAGUACCAGCAGGGCUACAUCUUCUGAACCUGUAGAACAGGCAGAGACCACAAGUAAAGACUGCAGUCGUCUGGCAAAUGGACCAAGCAAUGGCAGCUCCUCCCGUCAGAGGACGUCUGGGUCUGGAUUUCACAGGGAGGGGAACACAGCAGAGGAUGACUUUCCUUCUUCUCCAGGGAACAGUAAUAAGACCUCCAACAGCUCAGAGGAGAGAACUGGCAGAGGAGGUAGUAGUUAUGUAAACCAACUCAGUGUGGGGUAUGAAAGUGUAGACUCUCCCACAGGCAGUGAAAAUUCUCUCACACACCAUUCAAAUGACACAGACUCCAAUCAUGACCCUCAAGAGGAGAAAGCAGUGAGUGGGAAAGGUAACCGAACUGUGGGUUCCCGCCACGUCCAGAAUGGCUUGGACUCAAGUGUAAAUGUGCAGGGUUCAGUUUUGUAAUAUUUUUCCAGCAAAUUUUUAUACAGUGUCAUUUAAUUUGGGAGAGGAUACUGUCCAGAAAAUUGAUGCAUACUUUGUCACAACUUGCCUUUUUAUGGGUGUGUUUUUGUUUUUUUUGAUCCCCCCCCUUUUUUUUUUCUUGCUUCAAUACCUCUGCCACUUUGGAAAUUGUAACAGUUAAUUACUUUGAAUGUUGCUAAAAGGACAUUUUGUGUAGGGUCAAGUUAUUUUUAUAUGAGUUAAUGUGAAGUUGUAAAUGGAAAUCUUAAAGUAUAACACAAUGAUGUCUGUAUAAAUCUGUGUCUCUAGAACCCAUGCUGUGUAAGGGCAUUCUUCCUCAUGCUGUUAUAUACUUCUGCACCAUUCAAACUUGUUAGAGUAGAUGUGGGUUUAUGACUGCCAAGUUUGCCCAGUACCGUAGAUUUUAUCACUAAAAGUUGAACUUGUUGAUGGAAUCCUAUAGUAGUUUCAGUGUUAGAUACAGUUUUUUCCACCAUACAUCUGUGCAUUUUCUCUUUAGGUGACUGAAUGUUUAAGAUAUUUGUGUGCAUAGUUAACUCAAUUUUUAUGAACUGUUGUAUCCUGUUAAUGCAUAUUGCUCUGUGACUCCAGUAUAUCUUACCUGUACUGACCAAACCUAAAUAA